GUACAAUAUCUCUAUUUGUAUAAAAAGAAGCAGAAUUAACGAAAUGAGAAUAAUAACUAAGCAAAAUUUGAAAGCUGAUUUGAUCAAUCAAGAUGAAGUACAUGUUGAUAUUUGGAGUUCUGGUUAUUUCGCAGCAGUGCUUGGUAAAAUGCAGGUGCUUUGGGGCAGACGUCGAUGAUGAAUCAAAAUGGCCUGGUCACGUGAGAAAUGUGACAGCAAAGUGCAUAAAAAAUUAUUUAAACCAAACUGAAGUUAUAGUGAAAUGGAAGGAACCAAUUCAAAAAUCCAAUGUUGCCGUAACUGGAUAUCAGAUUGCGUAUUAUUUGGAGGGAGGAUUUGGACAGUUUCUAUGUGGCCAUACAAAACAGGGAAUCCAUCAGUUUGUUAUUAGACGAGGUUUGCUACCUGCCAAAAGAGUUGAAAUUGGAGUAAUUGCAAGACCAUCUUUUCCUGGAUUGUUAACUCUCCUUGUAACUGUUAAAAUAUGUUAAAACAUAUUGAAGGGUUUUGUAUUUAACAGACUUUUUGUAACUAUUUUUCAAAGUAUAUGUUGAAUGAUCAACUAAUUUACAUUUUCAUUGUAGUCUUCUUUGAUAUCAAUCCACUUUUCGUGUACAAUGAAAUUAUAGCACCUUGCCCUUCUGUGUAAACGAAAAAAUUUUCUCUUGUCGGUGUUGCAAGUAAACUGAUCCAUCUGAUUGCUGUCAUCUUUGAAGCACCGACGCAUAUUGCAGUGAAUAAGACUAUAGCCAAAUAUUUUAGCGUUUGCCGGUCAUUUUCACAGUAGCUAUCGCGUAUUUCCUUGCUUGUCGGUUUGUUAAGAAGUGCCUAAAUACAAAUGGUCAUCUGAUCCCAAGUUUUUUUGUGGUGAACAAUUUUUUUAUCUCACGCACAAGCGCUUCAGGAUUUUCGUUGAAUCUAUUAUUAAAUCGCACGGCUAUUUUGUUCGCAUAUACAAUGUCUUAGCUGUUGAAAUGUUGAAUGCAGUCACAGGGUAGUUCUGUAUUUCUGUUAAAGGAACAGCGUCAUCAGAAGUGUGCUAUGUUCAUAUUAAUUUAGCUUUUUCUUCUUCUAUUUAUAAACUGUGAACUUCACACUUGAGACUUACAAUAACCUAUUACUUACGAGGGUGUUUUAUCAAUUCGUAUUCUUAGCGUCUUAUACCUACCUUACAGGUGGCAUUUCUUACUCUUGCAGCAGCCACAUUUGAUUAUCAUUGGACUUCCUAACUUCCACUUGAGUGCUCUAGCAUAAAACCU